AUGUUUUGAAAUCAUAUUAGAUCUUUUUUUUUAAAUGAUCAUACUGUGUAGAAAUAUAUCGAAAUCAAAGGAACCACCGGUUGUGGAUCUCGUCUUAUCAUGGUAGCUUAUAUAAUGGCCUCAAAAUUUCUUCACGACAACCUUCGUACCAUAAUCCACACAAACUCUCAGCAUACAGCAUCACAGCCGAAACCAACAGCACCAACUGCCGAUUCAAAAAAACCCCUCCAUCUAAUUACUCCUCCAACGUCACCUAAAGCACCUAUUAAAGAAUCGACAGUGCCUACGAGCGAUAUACCUUGUGUUAUACACUACCCGACUGACGAUAGAGCUGUUCGAAUAAUGCGUAUGGAAAUCGAAUUUUUGGAAUUUAUAAAUUAUGAUCUUUCCGUGAAUGACCCUAUACACCUUGUGCUGUGGGCACAAAGCUUUGACAAACCGGAAGACUUGGACUUUAAAUCGGAUGAUCUGUUAAUCCUCCACCUCCGCCUUCUCCCCGCCCUUCCCCCCAGUUGUCCUACAUUGUCCUCCAAAUAUUUUGGUUUUAUAUUUGAGAUGUAAAGUAUAUAAAAAUGUACUAUAUUUGUACAUAUUAUAUAUAUAUAUUUUUUCGUAGGUAGGU